AUGCCUCUUCAUCUUUUGCCCAAGAAAUCGUGGAACGUCUACAAUGCCGACAACAUCGCGCGCGUCCGGCGCGACGAGGCGGCGGCGAAAGCCAAAGAGGAGGCAGAGGAGCAGCGCAUGCAGGAAUACGAUGCCCAACGCCGGCUAGCCAUACUCCGGGGCGAAAUCCCCCACCAUACGAAGAAACCGACGAAGCCGCACAAGCCGUGGAGGAGACAUUGGGAGAUACAAAGAGAAGCGGCCGCGUCGCAGAGGCGCAAGGAAUACGAAGACCAGUUUUCGAUGCGUCUGGCCAACGCCGCGGGCAAGGACGGCCUGGGAAACCCGUGGUACGUGACGUCGUCCGCCAAGGUGGAAGUCGAGACGCCAUCCAGGAACGCGUGGGGCAACGAGGACCCUCUGCGGAAGCAGCGCGACGCGGCGCGGCUGGUCUCGAGCGACCCGUUAGCGAUGAUGAAGAUGGGCGCCGCCAAGGUGCGCGAGGUGAAGAAGGCGAGGCAGAUGGCGCAGCAGGAGCGCGAGGAGGAGCUGAGGGCGCUCAAGAGGGAAGAGCGGCACCGGGAGAAGCGCGCGGCGGCGGCGGCGGCGGGAGGACGAGGACGAGGACGAGGACGGGGAGAGAGGCGCCGAUCCCGCGACAAGGGUGGGGAUCGGUCGAGAGAGGAGCGCCACCGCAGAGAACGCAGUCGGGAGCGGGACUCUGACGGUAGGCGGCGGAAGAGAAGCCGGUCACCGGAAAAGGAACGGCGGCGGGAUGAUGGAAGUCGCCGGCGGGAUGAACGGCGAUAG